UCCGUGAGGGUUCGCUAUGAGGACGGGGCUGUGCACGCCGGGUCUGUCCGUGCGGGCGGGGCAGGCGGGAUGGAAGGGAGCCGCCGCCCUUGUGCCGCCCGCCGUCCGGCCUCGUUGGCAGGCUGGGCUCUCGAGGCGCUCCUGGCCCUGAAGCACGUCGCCUUGCUGCCGGCCCUUUUUCUGAGGGAAGGGGCGGUUCUGUGCCGGGUAGGUCCGUUGCCUGGAGGUGCCCCAAGGCUCGCCCUGCAGUAAGCGUGCGGCCUGCGGGUGUCUCGCAGUCCUGCUUGGUUGGGCAGUUGUGCAUCUUUGUGUAGAGUGGCAGCGUACUUGCCCCUGUGUUCGCAGUGAUCCACUGCAAGCUUUUGAGCAUGCUUCAUUGUUUAUUUUCGUUUUUUUCCACUGCCGGCCUUGUUCUAUUAGAAGUCUUUUAUCCACAGAAGAGCUCGCAGAGCGAGUUGUGUGCAGCAUAUAGGAGAAAAUGAACACAGUAGUGGAUGAAUGAGCAUUUUUGUGUAAUUGGGACAGGUCCUAAGGAACAUCUGUUGGCACUGGUGUCAGGACUCCUCAGGUCCAAGGAGACGCAGGACUAGUGUUGGCAGUACCAGGAGAACACUGAUUCAUGUGCCACUGCCUUCUUUGUUUAAUGUAAUUUGGAAGAAAGCAGAACAAAACAAAUGCUUUAUUGCUGGAAGUGUCUUGUGUUUGUUUGGUACCCUCUAGAAACCUGACUGGAACAGUCCAUGAGGCUGUCCAUGACCUUACAUCAUGGCUUCAGAGUGCCAAGGUGAAAGCUGGCUUGCAUCCUGACACACGCACAAUACUGCAGAACUGCACUGGAGAAAUUCUCACCUGUUUACAGUUUCCAUUUACUUUCACCAUUCUAAAGGUGCUUUGGUGCAUUAAAUAUCAUGUUCUUCUUUAUUUGGUUCAUUGCCUCUUUCUUAUUUAUGACCUGUGGUAGCGAUUUAAUUAAUAUCUUCCUUUAGGUUGUUUCUUGCUCAGCUUGAUUCCCUGCCGAUCACUGUUUCCAUUUCAGAGUUGAUUUAGGAAACACAGCAGAGUGGAGCAGUCCUAACAGCUUCUGCAUGCUGUCCUGUAUGCUGAUUUUUAACUGACAGUCUCGAGGCUGUUAGGCCAGGAUGGUCGAUGAACAUGUUGGGGGUAUCUGAUUUGCUUGGAAUAAUAUCUGUGAUAAUUGUUUUAUUCACCUGUGACUUUCAUACCUCCAGAGAAAUUAUGUAUUGCAUAUCUGUCUUUGUAGAUUCUAUAUUAAUAGUUAAAAUAGUGAAAUUCAAAUUGGAGUUGGAGGAAAUGACUGGUACCAAUAAUAAACUUUGUUUCGAUUAUGUAAUGCUGUAUGCAGAAUUGGCAUCCAUUUUCAAAUCUCCCUUAUAAACUAUUUUGCUGAGUGCUAGAAGGCAGAUGCACACAUCUCCAGGCAGGCAUUUUAGCAAGAAGUAAUGUGGAAUUACAUGUACUUAAGAAAUUUGUCACUGUACACAUACGGUGAACUGUAAUACAAUGAGAAUGUUCAUUUCAUUCUUUUUUAUCUCAACAAGGCACUUUAAACGAGAGCAGGUAACCCUCUUGAAACAAUCUUCCACCCCCUGAGGGGUGGAUUCAGUAGAGGGUGAAAUUCACAUGGAGUAAGGUGUGCAGUAAUAAUUUCAGGCAGGAUGGGCGCAGAUAGAAGAUCCUGCUGAUAUCUUAAUUCUUACUGUUGUAACACAUGAAAUCUUAUUUAUAUCUAUGAAAUUAUGUUACAUAUCUGUAGUGCCUUAAGAAAGAAUUUUGUGUAGGGACAGUUUAUUUUUAACUCCGUUGUCCCAUUUGUUCUGAGCUUUUGCAGGACUUAAUCAGCUUCCAGCCUAGUGCUAGGAGUGUUUAUCUUCCUGCAAUUGCGCAGGAGCUAUUAUCAUGAGCAAGGUGUUGAGACAGGAGCAAGUCACUGUCAUAACAAGCUUUGAAUCUGGGAAAUGGGAAGUGGCAAGUGAAUAUGUCAGUAUAAAGACUUAACUUAUUGUUAGUAGUAUAUAAUUAUUUUGUCAGUAUCAUUGCAUGUGGCAUAAUACAUAUAUUUUUUUUUUCAGCCACAGUGCUUGUGGUUGAAACUGUUCCUUGAACCUACCCCUGUUUGGUUCUGUGAGAGGUCACAUCCUUCCUCAGCUGAUUGACUGCAGUUACAGUUGCCAGGAGCUCCAGCAAAGUCAAUGAUUAGCAGUCUUGUUGAUUCCCAGGGACCCUGGGCUCAGGGGCACACGGUGCAAAUGGAGUUGUGAUUGCUUUUGCUUUGGAAACCAGGGUGCUGUUACCAGUUACAGAACCUGGGGCAUGAGCUGCUCAGUGUGGGGAAUAGACGUCAGCAGCACUUCCAUGGCUGUAAGUGUAGCUCUACAGACGAUCAUGGAGUGGCCUCUCUCCUGUCAGUGACUUCAUGCCUACACGUGGACUUCGUUAAAGAAACAUCCAGCCAAAAACUUAACUUUUCAAUGUGAGACUGAAUGUGUCUGUAAUUCAUUUGCUGUUAUUUUUUUUUAAAUUAGAUUUGUUUUUGUCUUAUUAAUAGACUUGGAUCUUCUGUUUAAUAAACAAACAUGAAUCAUAUGAAGUUGUUUGCAGCUACGGUGAAGUGGCAUGGCAUUAAAACUCUGCGAAAGCCAGACAUAGCCAGAAGGGCGUUUUUCCAUGGCCAACGCUAUGUUUCAUCAGGAACAUCAGAGCCAUUCCUGAGUGGAAGUAAUUCAAAUUAUGUGGAGGAAAUGUAUUAUGCAUGGCUUGAAAACCCUCAAAGUGUACAUAAGUCUUGGGAUUUGUUUUUCCGUAAUGCAAACGCUGGCCAAACGUAUGAUCCUCAUCUACCAGAUCAGUUGGAAAGAAAGGCAUCAUUUCUUCAGAGCCAUGGCCUGGCCCAGACACCGGGGAAAGCUGAAAAACUUGUUGAAGAUCAUCUUGCUGUGCAGUCUUUGAUAAGAGCAUACCAAAUCCGUGGCCAUCAUGUGGCUCAGCUAGAUCCUCUUGGGAUUCUGGAUGCAGACCUGGAUUCGUUUGUUCCAUCUGACUUAAUCACUACAAUCGAUAAACUUGGGUUUUAUGGCUUGCAUGAAUCAGAUUUGGACAAAGUCUUUCAACUACCUACAACCACCUUCAUAGGAGGAAAUGAAAACAGUCUUUCUUUACGAGAGAUCAUCAAACGGCUGGAGAAUACCUACUGCCAACACAUAGGCUUGGAAUUUAUGUUCAUCAAUGAUGUGGAGCAGUGCCAAUGGAUCCGGCAGAAAUUCGAGACACCAGGCGUUAUGAAGUUUACAAAUGAGGAAAAAAGGACUUUGCUGGCACGGCUGGUGCGCUCAAUGAGAUUUGAAGACUUCCUUGCUCGCAAGUGGUCUUCUGAGAAGAGAUUUGGUUUGGAAGGAUGUGAAGUAAUGAUUCCUGCGCUUAAGACAAUCAUUGAUAAAUCCAGUGAAAUGGGAAUUGAAUACGUUAUAAUGGGGAUGCCUCAUAGAGGUAGGCUGAAUGUAUUGGCUAAUGUCAUCCGAAAAGAGCUGGAACAGAUCUUCUGUCAGUUUGAUCCCAAACUUGAAGCAGCUGAUGAGGGAUCUGGAGAUGUAAAAUAUCAUCUGGGAAUGUAUCAUGAGAGGAUUAACAGAGCAACAAACAAGAAGAUUACUUUAUCCCUGAUGGCUAACCCUUCUCACUUGGAAGCAGUCGAUCCUGUUGUGCAGGGGAAGACAAAGGCUGAACAGUUUUAUCGAGGGGAUACUGCAGGGAAAAAGGUUAUGUCCAUAUUGUUACAUGGGGAUGCUGCCUUUGCAGGACAAGGUGUUGUUUAUGAAACAUUUCAUCUUAGCGACCUUCCUUCUUACACCACAAAUGGAACUAUUCAUGUUGUUGUCAACAACCAGAUUGGCUUCACCACAGACCCCCGUAUGGCACGUUCAUCUCCAUAUCCUACUGAUGUUGCUCGUGUGGUCAAUGCUCCCAUUUUUCAUGUGAAUGCUGAUGACCCUGAAGCAGUGAUGUAUGUGUGCAGUGUAGCUGCAGAAUGGCGAAACACAUUCAACAAAGAUGUGGUUGUUGACUUAGUUUGUUACCGUAGGAGAGGGCACAAUGAAAUGGAUGAACCAAUGUUCACCCAGCCCCUAAUGUACAAGCAGAUUCACAAGCAGGUGCCAGUGCUGAAGAAGUAUGCUGACAAACUGAUCGCAGAUGGGACUGUAACCCUGCAGGAGUUUGAGGAAGAAAUUGCAAAGUAUGAUAGAAUAUGUGAAGAAGCAUACACCAGAUCUAAGGAUAAUAAGAUUCUACACAUUAAACACUGGCUUGAUUCACCUUGGCCUGGAUUCUUUAAUGUGGAUGGAGAACCCAAGAGCAUGUCCUGUCCUCCAACUGGCAUUUCAGAAGACCUGCUGACUCACAUUGGCAAUGUAGCUAGUUCAGUGCCAGUCAAAGACUUCAAAAUACAUGCAGGACUCUCCCGGAUUUUGAGAGCCCGCUUGGAGAUGACCAAGAACAGGGUUGUUGACUGGGCCUUGGCAGAAUACAUGGCUUUUGGCUCUUUUCUGAAAGAAGGGAUUCAUGUCCGAUUGAGUGGACAAGACGUAGAGAGGGGCACUUUUAGCCAUCGCCAUCAUGUGCUUCAUGAUCAAGAAGUUGACAAAAGAACGUGUGUUCCCAUGAACCACCUCUGGGAGCAGCAGGCCCCCUAUACUGUGUGCAACAGCUCCCUUUCCGAAUAUGGCGUCCUAGGUUUUGAACUUGGCUUCGCUAUGGCAAGUCCGAAUGCCCUGGUGUGCUGGGAAGCCCAGUUUGGUGACUUCCACAACACGGCGCAGUGUAUAAUAGACCAGUUCAUCAGCUCAGGGCAGGCUAAGUGGGUUCGUCACAAUGGGAUUGUUCUGCUCUUGCCACAUGGGAUGGAAGGAAUGGGUCCAGAGCAUUCAUCAGCCAGGCCUGAAAGGUUUCUGCAGAUGAGCAAUGACGAUUCUGAUGCUUAUCCAGAAUUCAGCAAACAGUUUGAAGUUUCCCAGCUGUAUGAAUGCAACUGGAUUGUGGUGAAUUGUUCAACUCCAGCCAACUAUUUUCAUGUCCUCAGAAGACAGAUUUUGCUGCCAUUCAGAAAACCGUUAAUCAUUUUGACACCUAAGUCACUGCUGAGGCAUCCAGAAGCUAAAUCCAGUUUUGAUGAAAUGGUCUCUGGUACCACUUUUCAACGUGUGAUUCCUGAGAAUGGACUGGCAGCUCAAGCACCACAUGAGGUCAAGCGAGUGAUUUUCUGUACAGGAAAAGUGUACUACGAUCUUGUGAAAGAGAGAAAGAAUCAAGACUUGGAGAAACAAGUAGCUAUAACCAGACUUGAGCAGAUCUCACCAUUCCCAUUUGACCUGCUCAAAGAAGAACUUGACAAGUAUCCAGGCGCAGAUCUAGUUUGGUGUCAGGAGGAACACAAAAACAGUGGAUAUUACGAUUACGUCAAACCUCGUUUCCGCACUAUUGUGAACCACACUCGACCUAUUUGGUAUGUUGGCCGAGAGCCUGCUGCUGCAGCUGCCACAGGCAACAAGAACACACAUCUGGUGUCACUCAGAAGGUUCCUGGAUACAGCUUUCAACCUGGAGGCCUUUGAGGGAAAGACAUUCUAACUGCAGGACACUGACUCAUCUCUAUCUACAACUGUCUCAAAUUUCAGCAGCCAAGGGAAGAAUUAAAAGUGAAUAGGAGAAAUGCUGGAAAUUAUAUAAGGAUCCAGCAGCUAACUUUGUUACUCUGCACUUUUCUCCCAGUUUGUAAGAAAAAAAACAACAAAAGAAGCAACUUCCACCAUUUUGUGUCACUUCUCUAUUUAGAUUGGGAAAUCUUUGGGACAAGGAGAAUCUAGCUUAGAAAGGCUCUGAUCUCAGACUUUGGGCAUAUUCAACCUGCUCUAAGUUGAGCAGGCAUGGACAGCAUGAUGUCAUUGUGCACAUCCCCCAAAAAGAGGAAAGUGAGUUUGGAAGCCAUUAAAGAAACAAGAUGCAUCAUUUGACAGUUGUUUCUAGACAUAUUGGAGAGGAAGAACAAAACCAAAAAGCAAAGUUGCUACCAUGACACUGAUGGAUUACUUAGGUACAGAAGUGUACUGGGUGUGGGUAUUGGAAAGAGAUGGUAAACUGCCAUGACAAGGCUCGAAAUAGGGAGUCAGGAUUACAAAGUCAGUUAACUAUGGGUGAUUACAGAAGUGGUGUGGAUUACUUGGAUAUAAGGUAGAGGCACCACAAUGGAGCUCACCACAGUUGUCAGAGCAGUGGCAUAUAACAGGAGAGUUGAGCAACAAAGUGGUGGAUAAAUGAAUUCAGAGUAAGGGAUGACAGUACCAGUUGCUUCCAUUCUUUUGGAUGCCUGAUUUGAUGCUUUACGGUAUGUAGGAAACUGGGGGGUCCUAUGAACAUCCUCAAUUUGGAUGGCUUCUCUCCCUCACCAUAGUACAAGGAUUUGCCACCUUUGACCCGCUAGCGCCUGUAAAAAGGCUGUGAGAAAUGUGCAUUUGUCAGCAAGUACUGGGUUCUCUGCUUUGUCCAGUUUUAAUCACUCCCUCAAAUUUCCUUGCUGGUGUUAAUUCAACUCUGGAAUGUCAGUUCAUGGUUUAUUCACCCAUUUUUAUGUCGAGAAAGGUGGGCAAGCAACAUUUGCUGAUUGAUCAAAAGCACGUGCUGUAUUUUUAUCUUAAAUUGUAAUUGAUUUUGUUGAUCCUUUGUGCUUACCUGUUGGUUAGGCUAUCAAUUGCCAUUUACUUUAAGUAUGGACAUAAAGGGGAAUUUCCUCUAAGGGCUGAUCCUCUGUCAGGCAGCUGAGGGACAGCAAGUUCAAGAAGGUCUGUGGCAGGGAACAGCAAGGGGAUGGUUGUGCUCUAGAGAGAGUUCUUGGCUGCAUUGGAGGCACUGCAUGGCAGGGUGAUCUCAAACUCCUUGAGCUUCAUCUGUGGUGCCAAAAAGCAGGUGGGCACAGGUUUCCACUCCCCUCUCCGUAUAAAGAGUGUUGUCAGAUGUUCUGCUCCAUCUGCUCCAGGAGAAAUGAGACGGGGGGGUGAGCCUUUUGGCUGUAGAUUCUGCAACACUACAGCCUGUAUAGUGGCAAGAGACCUCCUCCUUUCCUUCUGUGUUCUGCGGGAUGGCAGAGGGAAGUGUGCAGUUAGGAAAAUAAGGGGUGUGGCAGGAAUCAGAGGAAUGGCUGUGCCUGAGUUGAGGCAGGAAACAAUAUCAAGCUGUGUGAGGGCCCUGUGCCCCUGCAGUGCCUGAGGGUUGUGCUAGAUCCAUUCAUAACAAGUGACUGGAAAACACAUAGAGGAGACCGUCAUCUCCAAUUCCCUGUCCUGAAUGUGCUCCUGGGACAUGCUCUUGUUCCUGGAAGUAAGUUCUACCCUGCUGUUGCUGUAUUAACUGUGACAUAAUAAGGCUUGACAGUUUAUGCUUGAUGGAAAUAGUCAAGUGAUGCUGAAAAGCAUCUUGUCUUGUCAAAGUAAAAAGCUCUGUUAAAAACUUUGAGCUAUGAUCACUUGCUGCUAGUACAAGCAGGUUACCAAAAGGGGAUGUGCACCUCAUGCUGUCCCUUCAUUUAGCCUGGAGGUAGCGUGGUAAAAAUAAAAUAAAUCCUCCUGUCAGAGCAUAAAAUUGGUGUGCUAAGGUGAUUAUGUGGGUUCCAGAACCAAGCUUAGUCAAAUGUUUAUGAAAAAUCAGUAGCAUCCUUUUAAAUUAGGCUGGUUGCCUUGGGCUUUUUCUGUCAUUGAAACGCUGAAGUUAAUUCAAUCUUUUGAAACCUAAUGAACUUGGAAAAUACUGCUGUUGACAGUAGUGAAGUUUGUCUCCUGUCCAUUUCUGCAGUUCAAAACAUUACGUUGAUGGGCAGUAACCAUCACCCAAAGUAUUUUAAUGCUUCUGUGAAUCUGUGUUUCUGUGGUAAUAAUUGAGUGCGCCUAAAUAUCGCUGGCACCAUUCAUUAUGUUCUCAGACUGCAUAAAGCAGGUCGAUGCUGCAUGAAAUAUGAUAAAUGCCCUUAUGCCGCAGUAUAUGCAGAGGUAAGAAACAAAAUUAACAUAGAAAUGUAAGCGGUGAAUGGCAGGUUUCCAUUUUCAUUGUGUAUCAUAGAUUGUGGCAUAAUAGUUGCAUAAAAAUUCCAUCAGAGAAUGUAAAAAAAAAAACCAACACAAAACAAUAAAAUAUGUAAGAAAGAAA